GCCCACAUUUUGCCUCAAUUGUGCCCAUUAACGAUUACCGUUUGUUUCCAUAGCAUGGGGAGCACUACCGGUCCAGUAGAUCAUUAGCCGUGUUGGGAUUGUGUUGUUGGAUAAAAAGCGCGGCGGUUUCGGUCAUCAUACGGGCGUAAAAUUUUUUUCAACUUUCGGCCGAAGUUUUUAAGCAAAGUGUUUACGGAUAAAAUACAUAUAUUUAUAAAAAAAUUGCCAAAUUCAACUUAUCUACAUAUCUUUAAUGUAAUAUAGAAAGUGUAGAAAAACGUGAAAGAAUUGAUAGCAGAGGUGAAGGUAGCGAAAAGGGUGCGGUGAAAUAUGUCGGGUGACGUGCAACCGCGCAAGCGAAAGGAUAAGAAAAAGAGACGUGAUGCAUUCGAUCGUAAAUCGGAAGGUGAAUUAUCUUUUUCGCGCCAUUCAAGCUUUGAAGAUGACGAAUCUUCACAUGGCGUACACAUUACAAAGAUGGGCAACGAUGAUGUCCAUCUCCAUAUCCAGCACGAACACGGCACUGGAGGCCAUUGGUGUGCGAAGAUCUUUUUCUUUUCACUGCUAGCCAUUUUAUUUGGCCUGGUGGCAUUAAUUAUAUUGGAAAAUCGUGGGAUAUCCGAUUUGGAUACACCAUUGUCAGAGUCACGUUUUUCAAAUUAUUUUGAUGGCUGGGUAGACGAGAGUCGACAAGAGCAUGACGAUCAUCAUCCUCUACAGGCGUCUAAAGAAGACCAUGACGAGCAUGAUGAGCCGUUCGAAGAGGAAGAAGAUCAUUCAGAAUUGGAUGAAGAUGCAGAUGAGGAACAUGAUGAAGAUGAUGAUCAUGACGACGAAGAUGAUGAGGAUGCCACAACAGAACAAACAAAAGAGCUUGAAGAGGACGAGAACAAUGAUGAAAGAGAUGAAGAGAAUGAUGACGGAGACGACGACGAUGAAGACGAAGAGGAAGAUGCAACCAAAGAGGCUAUAUUAGAGCAAACUAAUGAAGAAGAGGAUGAUGAUGAAAAUGAAAAUGAUAAUAAUACAGAAGAAGAGGAUGAUGAUAAUCUAACGCAAGAAGCAACAACAAAAGAGGAAGACGAUAGAGCUGAUGCGGACGAUGACAACGAUAAUGAUGAUGGAGAUGAUGAUGAAGGCGAGAAUAAUACCAAUGAGCAAACUGUUGAGGCUAGUCAAGAAGCAAAUGAGGAUGAUAACAAUGAUAGCGCGUACGAUAAAAACGAAGAUGAUAACAAUGAUGAUGAUGACGACGCUGAUGAUGUUGAACCAAGCUAUGAACGUUCAACACAACAAAUAACAACCAGUCAACAAUCAGAAACCAAUAAAGCUAAUGAUGAUGAUGAUGAUGAUGAUGCUUUCGACGAGGAAGAUGAUGACGACACAUUCGAUUCUAUUGAGAAUGUCGUCGAUAAUGAUGCCGAGGAAUUACUAUUGUUGCAAGAAAAAGCACGAAAACAGGCAGCAGAGGCAGCAAAAAAUGAACCGGCAUCUACAGAGAAAGACAAGAACGAGGAUACAGCAGAAGCAGUGCCAUCAUGGGCUUCAUCUCUUGCGGUAAAAAUUGGCGUUGGUGUGGCACUCGCGCUAGUUGCACGCCUUGUAUUGAUUAGGAAUAAUCCAAAUACAAAUGAGGAACCUGCCCCAGAGGUGGUCAUGAAGCGACGCCUAACAAUUGCAACAGAAGAAGAUACAUAUGAAAAUGAUGACGAGGCGCCUCCGCUGUCGGAUGAUGGGGAUUACUCUGAAGAAGAAAUCGAAAUCGAAGAAGAAUAUGAAUAUGACGAAGAAGUGGAAAUGCCCGAAGAUGCCGGUGAUAAACUAUCUGCCUUGGCGGGCGAAUAUAUUCCCGAAACCUUUGAGCAGUUAAACAACCUGUAUCGCUCCCGAUUAAGUGAACCUGAACAAAGUCGAGCAACCUCAACCCCGCGGCAUAUUGAAGAAGUGAAAGAUCAAAGCUUUGCACAAAAGAAAGCACCAGCUAUAUUUACUGCACCGCCGCCGCCAUCAACUUCUGAAAUGUCAUCCAAGAAGGUAUCCCCAUUAACAACAACAACAACAAUAUUGAAAACUACUCCAAGUGUAAUGCAAACACAAUCACCAACACCACUUGCACCAACAACUAGUACAAUAAGAACGACAAAAGCCGAAACUAUGAAACCAAUGCAACAUUUUAGUGCCACCCCUACAAAAACAACAACUAAACCAUAUAUGCCGGACUCACCGAAACCGGCACGAAAGCACGAAAUUACACACGAUAUGGACUAUCAGCCCGAUGAGGAGGACAUUGAUUAUGAUGAUGAUGAUGAUGAUGGUGUGGAUGGAGCGUACAUUCGCGAGGUAUUGGAAGACACAGAGGAGGAGGAUGAGGAAGGGCAGGAAGACGAGGAAGAUAUCGAUGACGAUCUAUUAGAUGAUGAGGAUAUUUCCGAUGUCGAUGACACCGAAUUAAUGAAUAGAUUGGAGGCAAAAUAUGGCCGUUUGCCGGCAAAAGAAUAUGAGAGUGACGAAGAUCCGGAUGAUCCAACUUGGACACAAAUCAAGCCAAAAGAAGAUAUAGGUGGUGGACCCCAAGCACAGAAUGAUGAGUUGGGUAUGUUUGAACGCGAGCUGCGCAGAGCGAAUGAAGAAAUGAUGCGAGAGAAUUAUGCUGAAGCCAUUAAACGAUUCGAUCAGCUUGCUCGUCAAUAUCCAGACAAACCACAGGUAUUUUUGGCACAGGCGAGACUGCUCGAUAAACAGGCGGAUCGGAAACAUAGUAAUGAUUUGCUGAGUCAAGCUUUGCAGGCGUACAAGCGCUAUUUAGCGCUAGACAGCGCCAUCACAGAUAACGUCGAAUUUCGCAUCGUAGCUGAGCGCUGCAUCGAGCGUAUGCGCUUCAUGGGUCAUCAUAUGCAGGCGGUGCCAAUACAUCGGCAAUUGAUUAAACGAUUUGCAGAUGAACCGAAUGUGCGAAAUCAACUGGCUAUUACCUACCUGCUGCAGAAUCGUUUAUCCUAUGCCAAAUCGGUUUUGCAAGAUGUUCUAAGUCGUUGGCCCAACGAUGGUUUUGCACAGGCGCACUACGGUUUCGUGCUGCGUCAACUGGAUUUAGACUAUGCGAAUGCAGUUAUCUAUUUGCGUAAGGGAAUCGAUUCAAAAGCGACCGGCACUCAGGAUGGUCGCUUCUACUUCAAUCUCGGCGACUCGCUGCAACGCUUGGGUCGUCAGGCAGAAGCAGUUGAGGUGUAUAGGCGUGGUGCUGCGCUUAAGCUCUUUCCCUCUGCCUACCAGCGUUCACUCUACAAUGAACCGAACUUGCUCGCAAAACCCUUUUGGACGAAAGCGGAAACCACUUAUGACAGCUACUUCAAUAAACUGGAACUUAAUUGGCGGACAAUACGUGAUGAAGCGUUAAGUUUGUUAAGUAGGCGUGGUUAUUUUCUUGACGAAGCGGAAAGUUUGCGUGAUACCGGUAAUUGGCAGCAAUUCGAAUUGUAUGCUCGCGGACAGCAGCGCGUACAAAAUUGUCGAAAAGCGCCCAUAACUUGUGGAUUAAUUGAGAAAUUUAGCGCGGCAGCCGGUUGUCGACGUGGUCAAGUUAAAUUCAGUGUCAUGCAACCGGGAACGCAUGUGCAUGCUCAUUGUGGGCCAACGAACUGUCGGUUGCGUGCUCACUUGGGGCUGGUGGUGCCUGAAGGGACGCGAUUGCGUGUGGCGGAGGAGGAACGCACUUGGACUGAGGGCCAAAUUCUGAUAUUCGACGACAGUUUCGAGCACGAAGUAUGGCAUAACGGUAGCAGUUUCCGGCUUGUUUUGAUUGUCGAUGUCUGGCAUCCAGAUUUGAGCGCACAGCAACGUCGAACGCUUUCACCGAUUUGAAAGCACAUAUGUACAUAUGUAUAUAUUUAGUGUCGGCUAUUCGCUUACCGUAUUGAGUUCCUCUUCGUAAUGCACCAAAUACAUAAAUACGUAAUAGCAAAUUUAUGAAAAUACAUACAUACAACUUUCAAGUAAUCGCUUUUUGUUAACAAAAAACGCUAUCGCCCUUAAAAAGUGCUUUUAUAGCUUACGUGUAUUUUAAGCUCAGCUUUCACACUUGGUAAUAUUGCAAUCGCCCAUAAUACUUGUUUAAAUUUUGUUACUAAAAAUAUUAACUAAAUGUAUUUUAUUAUAAAAUGUAGCUCAAAGGUAUAUUUUUAAGAUCAGAUGUAGAGCAAUAAGAAUAAUUUAAUUUGGAUAUGUGAAAACUAUGAAACGACUGUUGAUAUUUGUGUUACUUAAACAAGAGAAUUGAACAACUUUUUAUUUCUAUUUAUUUAUUUCCAUUUUUAUAUUGAAUGUAAAUAUUAUUUGUAUGAUUGCAUAUGAACUCCACGCAAACUAUUUAAACAAUUUACUUUCUAUUAUAUAAUAGCUGUUAUUUGUAUGAAAACAGAUUGAGGUAAUUUAUAACUAAUACAUUUAAGUAUGUGUUAAGGCUGUUAAAUAAACGAACACCUAACCAAGCACUAAGUGAAGAACGUGAUUAAGUUAGUAAUGGAGUUUAUAAAAAUUAAUAGUAUAUAAAUCAGUUGGCACGGCAACAUUGAAGUGAAAAAUGGUUUCGCAUGUAGAUUUGAAUUUGUUGUUAAAUUUUUCCUACACACUCUUUAAUUUUCAUAAAGUCGGGGAAAGAUGAUUACACUAUGCUAUUAUUUAAAUAUAUUGAAUUUUACUCUAAGGCUCUAAGGAAGCCCAAAAUCAGUAGGAGUUCGAAGUAAGCUUUACUUUAUUGUAUUUUCAAAGAACAAAUUACAUAAACGAAGGAUUAAAAAUACAUACGAGCAUAAUUGAUUGAUUUAAUUUUUUAUAGAGUUAAUUUUGUUUGCUCUUUAUAAACUUUAGUUUAUUUUUUUCUUUGUGCACGCCAUUCAAUUAAUUAUAAGCUUAAAUAUUUAUUUAUUCAACCUUUAUGUAAAGACAUUUGUGUAAAUUUUUAGUUAACUAAAUGGAAGGAAAUCUAUAUUGAAUAAUUAUAAUUCAUAAAAAUGCCGCUGUAUACAUCUUAGAAAAAAGAAAUGUGUUGUAAAUAUGA